AUGUCCUCCAACGGCACGGCCUCGCCGGGAGCCGGCGGCGGCACCCGGUGCUGCAAAGCGACGACGCUGGUGGCCGUAGCCGCCACGUCAUUCGUCUGCUGCUUCAUCCUCGUCGUCGCCUUCCUCUUCGUGCGCUUCCUCCUGCUUCGCCAGCGCUGGCACCACCGAGCGAGAAGGCUCCUGCAGGAGCAGCAUCAUCGGUCCAAGCCCGGCCUCGACGCCGCGGCCAUCGCCCUGAUCCCGCCCUUCCCGUACCAGCGGCAAGCCGACGCCGAGGCUGAGGGCUCGACCUCAGUGCCGGCCGCCGCCGCUGAGUGCGCGGUCUGCCUCGGCGUCCUGGACGAGGGACAGAUGGUGAGGCAGCUCCCCGGCUGCAAGCACGUGUUCCACCAGGAGUGCAUCGACGUGUGGCUCGCGUCGCGCGCGUCGUGCCCGGUCUGCCGCGGCAAGGCCGAGCCGCCGGCGCCGGCACGGGCCGAGGACAGGGCCGCCGCAGCUUCCACGCCGGCGCGCGUCGCGGCAGUCGAUAUGUUCGGCGACGAGGAGCGUGCCUCGUCGUCCACGCCGCGAGGCUCGAGAGGCUGA